AUGGAGAAGAGCUUGGACGACCUGAUCGAGUUCUUGCUUGAAGAGUUAGCGCUUUGUUCUCUGGGUGCGAGUGUCUCGGACCUCAUCGACGCCAUCGAUUCAUUCUACGCCAAAACCAGGCACGAAGAUGUAUCACCCCAGGUCAUUGACGACAAUUUCGUCUGUAGUGUCUAUGAGUGGUUGUCAUCUCACCGAGACAUCACAAUCGGUCAAGCAAAUCAACAGACCGGCGUUUCGCUACACAGCUUGAUUGCAACGGGCGUCCCCCUCAAGGAGCAAUCUGCUCGACUGCCACGCAUAUUUGUCAACGAUGACAGAGUCUAUUGGGCAAUCUGCGGCCAUGAACCAGAUGAGAAGCGGGUGUCCCGGUCCGAAUAUAGCCUGUUACUACAUAUCGCAGCAGCUCGGUCGGACGGCAUUCUGCAAGGUGAGCUCUCUCGAGUGGCAGGCCAGGACAAGCGCUCCGUGUCGCAGUGGACAGACUCACUAUGUGCAAAAGGCUAUAUCAUCAAAGAGACAGAGAUGCUGCAAGGUCAUCCGACAUGUCGCCUAACGCUACGUCGGUUCGCAUCGCCGACACAAAUAGCCGCAGCGUCGCAGCGAGAUCUAACCCCUGAUGCGCACUUUGAAGAUCUUACUGUCCAAAGUGUUGUUGAGAGAGUCAUUGCCGUAUUUGCGACAGAAAAGCUUGUCGAUGCUGGCGAGCUUGCUACCACUGUGGGCACACCGGGCGAGGAUGGCCAGAAAGCAUUGAUGAGGAUACUCCGAACUUUUGUACGAUCAGGGUACCUGAAGAAGGUCAAAGCUGCGCUUGGGGUCUUCGCUCAUACCGGAGAACCGAGAACCUGUUAUCAACGCUUACGGGAUUUCGAAGAGAAUGACCUGAGUGGCUUUGCCGACAGCCCGACGCCACUUGAAAAGACGAUCGCCGAGAUUUCGGAUAAGCAGGAGGCGCGAUACCCUCCAGAUAUAGAGGAGACCAACGAACACAACGCCGCACAAUGGAACCAAACGGACGAGGCUUCACGGCAACGUCCUGGAUCACACAACGCAUCAACAAUGGACGAAUUCGGAUUUCCCCUCCUUGACAGCAACGAGUUGCUGCAUGACGGUGGUGCCUCGCUGUCUGUCAGUGCUCAGACCGCCAGAGCAGAGGAUCUUGGCACUGCUGAGGAGUCAGUUGACGAGCCUCAACCUAAGCGCCAGAAGCGGAGACACAACACCGAUGAUGACCCUGCUUUCAAGCCACGAAAAGAGCCCUCGCGUAAGACGCAGCGCACAUACAAGCGUCCCGAGACAACCGUCAUUGGCCGACCAAGGAAGUUUCUACAAGGUACAGAGAAAUUUUGGCAGCAUCACUUCUGGCAUGCACGACUGGAGGCGGAAGGAGGCUUCGCUCCUGAAGCUGGACGGCGUGGCGGAACCGCAAGUCAUCCAGCUGGCACUGCACUAUUCCAAAGCCGGCCGGAUCGCUUCGACGAAGUGCUCCUCCUAGCUAAGCAAGCUGGUCUACCUCUACCACGAGAGAGCAACGACAUCUCUGAAGGUUGGGUACGUAGGACACGGGAGGUAUUGGAACGGAAACAAUCCGGCGCCUAUGUCACACCUGUUGGCAUGCAUCUGUCUCGCGUUCUACACAAGGCGCAGGUCAUGGUGGUGAAAUCGAGGAAGCUUGGUACUCUAGACCUCAGUGACCAGCCACAGAAGGUCUACGCAUACCGCUUCUUGGCUUCGAGCGCUGCGCACAGCUAUCAGAACUGGCGGAGGUUCCCUGCCACUCACGCAGCGACAGAGAAAGACAAGCGACCUAUGCCGCGCAAGCUUGAUAUCGAAUAUCCUCCCGACAUCCUUGCAGCUCUGAAGUCUCAAGAAGCCAGUACUUUAGACCUUGGCGACCGACCACCCAAAGUCUAUGCAUAUCGUUUCCUAACUUCCAGCGCUGCGCACAGCUAUCAGAAUUGGCAGUGGUCCGCCGCCGCUCACAAACCGCCAAAGAAAGGCAAGCGACCCGUGCAGCGCAAGCUCGACGUCGAAUAUCCACCCGACCUGCUUGCAGCCUUCGGCAAGGUGCCGAGAGCCGGAGUCUUCUUUGAGCUCGUGAAGGAGCCAUCUACCCCUCGAACGACAGAGCCUGUGCGUCCGACUAUUAGUAAGGAGCAGUACGACAUGCUCAUGGACGAAACAGAAGUAGACAGUGAUGUUGAGCAGCGUCUGAAAAAGAAGCCCGUGAAGGCCAAACGUGUGAAGUCCACGCCUGGUGCAAAAGCCCGUGCCAAGUGGCAAUCGGCAACUGUCACGGCGCUAGUUACUCCCGUGAAGGCUGUGAGUAGGGAGCAGCCUGCGCAAAAAGUAGGCACCGGAAAGGAUGCAGAACACGUGCCAUUCGAUGUCAACGACGAUGAUGAAUGGAGGUCCGAUCGAUUGCCUAAUACUGUCUCGCCAUCGCAGCCACAUUCGCAAGCCAGCAAUGCCGUCGAACAGCAAUCCCACGUUCGAAAUCCUCUCAGCAUCGAUGGAUCACCUCACGAAGUCGGAGAAGCCAACGAUCGACAGGAACAUGUCCCAGGCGAUCAGCGUACUUUGGCUCCCGUGACAGUGAUCGAGACCGAGCAGAGUGGCAAAGACCUGGAAGUCGACGAACCCCAUGAACGCCUCUUCGCAAUUGGGACACCAGCCGAGCGCACUCGGAAUGCCAACGACGAGUCAACCUCAGCAGGCGGAGGGAAUGAUGGCCACGACGGACAGUCUGCAGAGUUUGCUGCAGCUCCUGAGACGCAUUCGACGUCCCUUCUGAGACCCCUGGCCCCUCGCACCGGUCCUUAUCAGCCUCCCACGACCCCUCCUCUGAUCCUGACACCUCCUGCUAGUGAUACAGCACUCGAGCACAAGCGUGAUUCGUCGCAUUCGCACGACUCAGAAGCAAGUUCAGAAGGGCCGCCAAAGAAAUUCCGGAAGCCAGGCACACGCUCGCAGAUUGACGAUGUCAAGGAAAUUAUCAUAGAGCUUCUAAGGUUGAACGAUUCAGUGGGACCGGGCUGUCAUGUCACCAUCAGACGUUCAUCUGGUGCAAUGUGGAUGCAGCGUGGAUUCGCAGGUCUACCAAAUCUAACCACGGCGAAGCGUGCUAUGGAUCGACUAGUGGGAGCUGGAGAGGUCAAAAAGCACACCUUCUCGUACCGUGAUCAAAGUGGUGCCACAUUGACCAAACAUGUUCUUUACCUUCCGACUGUACCGCUGGCUGAUACCCGGAUCGAAGGCCUCAAAGCAGCAAUGUCUCAAGUAGGUAAACAAUACUACUUCCCAGAUGUAUGGACCGAUUUCGAAGAGAGGUCAACGAAUAAGAUUAUUCGUGGCUCUGAUGAUAUCUUCGGCACAGAUGAUGAUGUAGAGGAUCAACCAGAUCCUCCCAAUGCGGCGCCGAGAAAGCGACGUCGGCGCACAAGCUCUUCGCGAAGCCGAGGUGGAUGGGACGAAGAUGCCUCUGAUUCCGGAGAUUCGAUCGUGAGAUCCCGGCGUCCUGUCUUGAAGAAGUUGAAAGCCGGUCCAGCCACAUCAUACGUGACUCUGAAGCUCAGGGGUCCUGCGCAGUCAUCGAACCACACAGGCAUACCAACAAGCCGAGAGUCCAGCGUCGGUUCAUCUUCAGCGAGUGUGGACAGCACUGUACACCCAAACAACUCUUUCCUUACGCUAAAGGUCGGUCCACGACUCGCGAGUCUGCCACAAGUACAGGAAUACAAUGCAAAGCUCGAGCUUCCGGAUCACCUGAGGUCGCCUGUUAGGCCUAUCGCGAUUCCUGAAAGCCCCAAGCGGCGCCGUGCUCCGAGGCGGAAGACCGAAGAUCUCAGGAAGGAUGUCUUCAGGAAGGUGGACUUACCGGACUCUUUGUCCGAGUUAUUGCGUGAGCAGGGCGACGCCCAAAUAACAUCAGAACAUGACCCGCCGCUGGAUCAAACAGCAGCAUUCUUCCGGACUGUUGGCCUGGUGGCAAAAUGGGAAAAUAGGCUGGCCGACAAGCUGACCACAAGCAAAGUGCCAUGGUGUUUCAUUAACCAUACCUGUACCAUUGAAGACAGUCCUUCGAGUCCUCCGGCCUCAUGGAUCCUGCUGCGGCCAACCUCUGAUGAGAAGCUUGCGGAGCAACCAACAUUGAUCUUCGACUCAUGGCCCCCUUUCGCUCAACAAAGACUGCGACUCGGUCUCUCAUUGGGCUUGGACUCUUCAGAAGCCGCAAUUCUGGAGACUGACGGCCGUGUAACUCGUCAAGCGACCGGCUCACUCAAGAGGAAGCGUACAUUCGACUUCUACGAGCAUGAUAUUGCGCCGCUGAGUAAAAAGAGAUCCCGGAAAGACGUGGAUGCGGAUCCGGAUGCGGAUGUGGACGUCGACUUCGAGUCCGAGCCAGAAGCACCGCGCGAGAAGCGCCCAUACAAUCGCAAGCCACGAACGGCCGAUGAGAUUGAGGCGCAGUAUGCUACGCUUCUAUCCAAAACAUCGACCCAAGACAUUGAUCGCAUCGGUGCAUCUGUCACACUGGUCAGCGUCCUCGCAGGUGGCAGGCAGCAGACCAUCGAAUGGAAACUAGUCGAUCGGCUCAACCCUGGUUCACAGCUCUCAUGGAUCAAGCCGCGCUGGACAGCCAUUCAGCACCUUCACGCCGACGGCUUGUCGACGCUUGCCACCAAUCUGCGUUCCAGGUACCUCGAGGCUGUCGAGGAUGGAAGCGCUCCAUUGAUUGACCCAUCAAACCUUGCUGAGAGUGAUUGGGAGGAUUUGUUUGAGUGGAUGCAGUCGACACUGUCCAGUUUCGUCAUAGAGAAUGCUCUACCGUCAACCAAGGCCGGCUUGGAGGAAGAGUAUGGGCUGACUUUCGAUGAGCCAGCGCCCAUGAGUACAGCGACAGUGCCUAGCCACAGUCUGCGCAACUACGAGCGCGAAGAGCUUGUCAGUGGCGUCUCGUUUAGCACACAGAAGCAACAGUCCCAGCCCACCGUCGACAUAGUAGCUCAGGCCCGCUCAAUGCUCCUCUCCUCACUCGUGGCAGCGGCAAAGUCCAACAGUGCUGAAUUGCGCUCAAACGUAAUAACAACGCUGUCAUCCCUCUCAGCCGAUGAGAACGCCCGCGAACAAGCCGUGGCUUCAGCACUGGUUCAGCUCCAAGCCGACCGCCUUGUGGGCAAAGCCGACAGCACUGUCAAACGCAGUCCGACCCUCAUCGAGAAGCGAGAGUUCACAUACAUUUUGACCACCAGAUUCUCGGAGCAACUGGGUCAGAAACGCGCCUAUGUCAAUCUCGACCUCCUCAACGACGCAACGGCAUACAAACUCGACGUUCUGGAUUCAGCCUUCCUUGACCAUAAUGGGCAAGGCUCCCCCACUGCGCCCACUCCACCCCCAACAUUGAACAUCCCAAAUCAAGCAAACACCUCCAACGGCCAAAUGCUUGCCCUCCUCAACCUUGCACACGCGGGCAUGCUUUCCAUACGCCCCGGAAAGGCUCUAUGA